AUGAAUAAUGAAUUUCUCCUCGGACAAAUUCUCAAGGUUCCUCCAAUUACAAGAUACAUGAUCCUUCUUAUAUCAACGGUGGCCUUGCUUGUAUAUAUAGAUGCUGUAUCCCCGUAUAGCUUGUAUUACUCGCCUUUAUUCCUUAAGAAGCUGGAAAUAUGGAGGGUGUUCACGUCAUUUCUUUACUUUGGAAGGCCGACAUUGGACAUGUUCAUGCAUGUGGUCUUCCUAUACCGCUAUUCUAGAAUGCUCGAAGAGGGCUGUGUAAGCACCUCCGAAUAUUUUUGGCUGAUUUUUGUCAUAUCAUCUGCUCUUUUCGUCAUAUCGAAUAUCUAUGGAAUAUCAGCACUCGGGACAUCGUUUUCCUCAACUAUAACAUAUAUCUGGACAAAAAGGAAUCCCAGGGCAAUCGUACAGAUAUUUGGAUUUAUUUCAUUUCCUGCAUUCUACCUCCCAUUUAUUCUUCCUGGAUUCAUGCUGUUAUCAAAAAGAUCAAUAUCUAUAGAUGAUGUGCUGGGAAUAGUUGUAGGACAUUUGUUUCAUUAUUUCAAGGAUGUUUAUCCUAGAUGGGGACGCGACAUCCUAAGAACUCCAUGCUGGGCCAAGAAGCUUUUCAAUGAACAUCCUCCCGGUUGCUGCAGAGCUCAGAAGGGAAUUACAAUAGGGGAAGGAAGAGCAAAAUACGAGAAAAACAUAGGAAGUUCUACUAGGAAUGAUGAAAAUGCUAGUACGAAUUCCGUGAACGUAACAAAUUCCAAGAAUUAUGCAAAAGAUGAUGAGGAUGUAAAUGUAGAAGCUCCAAGCCAAAGUUGUGUAGAAUCUUCAAAAGAUCUAUGCAAAGUUUCUUCUCUGGCACCUAUUUCUGUUUCUACAGUAAUGGCCCCUUCUGAAGUGCCAGAGAAUAAUUGCUUUGAUCUUACUGACACUCUUUGCAAUGAAGAAAUAGUAACAGAAAACAUUCCCAAGGAAAAGGAAUCUGAUGAGGAUUGGGAUGAAAAAUGGGGCGAAAGUGAUAACGAAAGUACCGAAUAA